AUGGCUCAAAAGGGAAUCGCGGUGGUCUUUGGUGUUGGUCCUGCUCUAGGUCGUUCUAUAUGUCUUCGUUUCGCUAAAGCUGGUCACACUCUCGUUAUCAGCUCUCGCAACGCUUCCAAAAACGAAUCCAUAAAGCAAGAAAUCCUCGCAUUGGGAGUCCCAUGCACAUCACUCUCCUGCGACGUCUCUGACGAAUCUGCAGUAAAGCAGCUCUUUGCAACAACAGCAUCCACGUAUCCAGGUCAAAAGAUUGAUGCCGUAGUAUACAACCCUACCGGCUUCUCACGCGGAGGCAUCAUGUCGUUGACUCCUAAAGGUGUUAGUGAUGCAUUGAACAUCACGAUUUUGGGGUAUUUGCAUGUUGCGCAAGGGUGUAUCCCGACAUUCUUGGCUCAGGGAUUUGGAACUAUCUUGGUAACUGGUGCUACCGCCGCUUUAAGGGGAUCCGCAAUGUUUGGCGCAUUUGCUGCCUCCAAAAUGGGGUUACGUGGUAUGGUGCAAUCAACUGCACGUGAAUUUCAUCCACAAAACAUUCAUGUUGCCCACAUCAUUGUCGAUGGACCUAUUGGCAGUUCCGCAGUACAAUCUGCUCCAGGACUUAGAGACAUGCCAACAGAACGUUUCUUGAAUCCUGAUGCUAUUGCUGACAGCUACUACUACUUAUACACGCAAGAUGCUACUGCUUGGACCCAUGAGAUGGAUUUGCGAACACAUCUUGAAAAGUUUUAA